AUGCCUUCUAGGCGGCGGUAUCACUAUCAGGCGCGGCCUUCGAGGCCUUAUGCGCUGGCGCAGGCUGGUGUGAGGUUACUCGCUUGGAUCACCAGCCUCGCGGCUAUUCUGCUGCUCGCGUAUGUCUGCAAAGAAUGGUCGUCCAAGAGCCAGGUCAUUAUCGCGGGUGCUGUGGGGUGCGCAAUCGCAAUGCUUAAUGACAGCUGGGAGAUUCUGGCGGUGACAGAUACCUCGUUUACAGUCCCCAGAUUGGUCACAUCGCGAAAAGUCCUGCACGAUUUAUUCGCGCUGGCGUUGUGUGUGGGCGGCAUCAUUAUGAUGUGGGUGUCAAACCUCAACAUCAACUCCGAAAAGAACCCAACCCACAGGAGGCAAGAACUGUGGCUUAUGGCUGCACUUUGGGCAUUGAUUGCGGUGGUUGGCUGGAGAUUGGUUUUCGCUGUAUGGGGCUGUGUCGAUUGUACUGGCGACGCCAGGCGCGCAGCGGAGAGAAGAAAUAGACGACGUGGAAGGGAGAACGAUCCUUGGCGACAGAUGGGGAUUCUUUGA